GUUUAGUAGUAGAGAGCGCGCGCUCGCGAGCCGUGAACGGACGUUGUGCACGCGCUCCUUGAGCUCAGUGAAUGGAUACCGUGGCCCCGAUUGAGCGCAACUCUCCCAACUCGUUAUUACCGAGGGGAGGAGGAGGCGGGAAGCGAUAGUCUCCGUGUAAGCGGUGUCGUGGCCUGGAGUCGCCUGGACGGGCACCAAGGCCCGCUAGAUGAGGGGGGCGGAAAAUCCAGAAUUUGUAAUGAAAAACAGAGAGGAAAAUCCUUUCCUGUGGCUGGUUUCAUUCUACUGCAUAAAAAAUGAGACGGUAUCCAGACUUCUGAAGGCUAAGGAUGGGUCCAGAUGUCCCUUUGCUGAAUGAUUAUAAACAGGAAUUCUUUUGGAAGCGCUUUCCCCAGACAGUUUUUGGAGGUCCUCGCCUCAAGUUGGGAUACAGCGCACCUCCUUACAUUUACGUUAAUCAAGUCAUCCUCUUCCUGGCGCCAUGGGUGUUUGGUGGCGUGGGUACGGUGCUGUGCGAAACAAAAACACUACAAGACUAUUACACUGCGGUUGUCUCAGGAGUAUUGAUGCUCAUUGCAGCCGUUAUCAUUCAGAUGCUAAAUGUAUAUGCAACACGAAAGACCUCAACUGUAGAAAGACUUCAAAGCCAAAACGCCCUAACCGAUGAAGAUGAGUAUGACUUUUCUAGCUGCAUUGGUUUGGAAACUGUGAAAUUCAUAAUUCCAGGCAAAAAGUUUAUGGCCAACACUAUAUUUCACUCCGUCCUUGCUGGGGUGCUGUGUGGCUUGGGGACUUGGUAUUUAUUACCCAACAGAAUCAAUUCGCUUUAUAGCAAUAUAGGAGCCACAGUUAUGAUUUUUGUAUUUGGUUGGAUAACAAUUUGCAUAGGGGAAUAUUCGUUAAUUGUCAACUCUGCGACAGAGACUGCCACCUUCCAGGCCCAGGAUAUAUACGAAAUUACAGCUCUCUUGAGACCGGUCUACAUAUUUGCUUUUAUUGCAGUUGACCUUGCACACAGGUUCAUUGUGAAUGUGCCGGCCUUAGAAUGCGCCAACCAAAUCUUGCAUGUAGUGUUCCUGUUUUUGCCUUUUCUCUGGGCCCUGGGAAUUCUACCCCCUCUGGACGCUCUUGUUCUCUGGGGAAUGGAGCAAAUGCUGGAAUUUCUUUUGGGUGGCUCACCCAUGUCUAGUAAUAUAAGGUUGUUGGUAAUAUUUCUCUUAACUGUUGGAACAGCAAUAUCUUCUUAUUUCAUUCCAAACACAAUCGGCUUGGUUUUAUUCAUGGCUGGGUUUGGAUUUAUCCUCAGCCUUAAUUUAGCAGAGAUGGGUAAUUCCCUUAUACGCUGCUUGAAUAAACAUCUAUCAUUUGUAAAGUCAAGCAGCUGGUCUUACUCUUUGUACUGGCAAAUUGGUUGGAAGGAAUCCAUUUUAUAUUGUGUUUUACUGAUGCUAGUGCUUUUGGAAGCAAGCCUGUUGCAUCAUUUUUGUUUCUCUGUAUUUUCUUUAACCAGCCCCCAGGCUAUAGUCGGGUACGUUUUGAUCUUACUUUUUGUCUUUUUGUGGAUUCUUAAAGAAAUUCAAGGUGCUUAUAUGUUGGGGAUUAUUAGGAACCCUUUUUAUCAGAACGAUAUUAGAAUGCUAAAUGUUUUUCUGAGGAACCAGGACCGGCUUCAGAAAGCUGCAGUUGCCAGGAGAAUUCUUUUAACACUAGUCUCUCCAUUUGCUAUGGUAGCGUAUCUCUCGCUGGAUUCUGCACUGUACAAUCUGCACUCUGUGUCUGUGUGCAUCGGAUUCACAAGGGCGUACAGAACGAUUUGGCAGAACACUGAGAACGCCCUAUUGGAGAUGGUGAUUGUGUCUAUAAUACAGCUACUUAUAUUUAACACAAGUUUGUGGUGGAACGUGAAUCUGGAUACAGGACUUCGUCUUCUUUUGAUAGCGAUAAUCCGUGAUCGACUAUGUCAGUUGGUCUCCAAAUUGCAGUUUGCUAUCACCCUUCUCCUGACAUCCUGGACUGAGAAGAAACAGCGCCGGAAGUCUUCAACAAGUCUAAUAACAGUGAACAUUGUCUUAUUCCCUCUGGUGCUGGCGUUAAUCGUUGUAUCCGCCGUGCUCUCCUCUCCCUUACUCGCACUCUUCACUCUCCCAGUUUUCCUGGUUGGCUUUCCAAGACCUAUACGAAGCUGGCCAGGCACUGUCGGAGCAGCGGCAUGUGCCUGUUCAGACACUGUAUAUUACCAGCAGAUGGUCCCUGGCUUUGCUUCUGCACUUCAAGCUGCAUUUACAUCUGGCAGCUUAGGUGUAGUCACACCAGGGUCACACUUCCUCUGCCGCUUUCAGGACCGGCUUAUAUGGUUACUGGUGCUUGAACGAGGCUAUGCAUAUUGCUGCGUAAACAUUAAGGGGCUAGAACUGCAAGAAACCUCUUGCCACACUGCUGAAGCACGGAGAGUAGAUGAAGUCUUUGAAAUGGCCUUUGAACAAGCAGACAAUACUGGAUCCUUUGCUCUUAAUCACCACUUUGGGAACGUGUUGACUCCUUGCACUGUAGUUCCCGUCAGAGUGUAUUCUGAUGCCAGAAAUGUCUUGUCUGGAAUAAUCGAUUCUCAUGACAACUUGAAACAAUUUAAGGGUGAUUUCAUCAAAGUACUUCUGUGGAUGCUUGUACACUGUUGCUACAAAAAAUCCAAAACAGAAAAAAGUAUAGAUACUGAGAACAAUGAAGAAAAAAAUGUUGCGUUACCGGAAAAAGACCUAGUUCCCACCAUGGGGCAAGGUGAUGAAAAAGAUUCAGAAAGUUUUAAUGAUAUAAUGUCUGUUGACUGGUCUGAUGAUGAUGAGAUAUUUGAGGUAGUUCCCCGCACAAAGAAAACAUCAGGUAAACUAAGGAGGACUUCUGUAGGUGACACAUUGUCCGUUCCUGGAUGUGUUGAAACAGAGCACAGCAAUAAAUAUUUAGGGCAAGAUGGUUGUGUUGCUAAAUUUUAUUCUGUGGUUGGGUUUGGUCUUCCUACAAUAGAUAAAGAAAAGCAGAUGGACAUGGAACAAUUUAAUAUGAUAGAAUUUAACAGCUCAUACUCAAAGUUGCUUAGCAUACCUCAAAACUGGAUAUUUGUUCCACUUUCUGUUUUAAAAGUGAAUGAAAUGAAACAGAUGUUUCCGAAAGACUGGUAUGAAUUUUUGUGGAACCAGCUGGAUUUCCAUCACUUGAACGAAAAGCCUUCAGUUAUUUGUGAUGAAAUUGCAAAAGACAAGUCGUUGAGAGAUUUGUAUAUAAAAGGACUGGCAUCAAUUUAUUUUGCAUUAUUUGGAGAGGAAAGCACAACUCCUAGUUCAGCUUGGUUAUUUAGAGCAUAUCUUGGUGGAAUUCCAUGGUCUGUUUCAUUGGAUUGGCUAGUCGGGAAACCGGAGUUAUUUCAACUUGCAAUGAAAGCAUUCAGAUAUACAUUUAAACUGAUGGUGGAUAAGGCGAGUUUGGGGCCUCUUGAAGACUUCAAGGAGUUACUGAACUAUUUAGACGAAUAUGAUAACGACUGGUAUAUUGGGCUGGUAUCAGACGCAGAAUGGCAGAAGGCGGUUUUACAAGAGAAGCCUUAUCUGUUCUCACUGGGCCAUGAUCCAAAUAUGGGGGUCUACACUGGAAGAGUCCUCACCCUUCAGGAGCAAUUGGUACAAAUAGGCAAGUUAAACGCAGAAGCAGUUCGUGGCCAGUGGGCGAAUCUGUCAUGGGAGCUGUUGUAUGCCACAAACGAUGACGAGGAGCGCUACAGCAUUCAGGCACAUCCUGUGCUCCUGCGGAACCUAACGGUGCAAGCUGCUGACCCUCCCCUUGGAUACCCGAUUUAUUCUUCUACACCCAUCCACGUGCCUUUGUAUUAACCCGGUUACACUUUUCUAUACUGUGCUCUCUGCAUGUCAGGUCGCGGCACUAGAUGCCACUGUUGGACUUGGUGUUCCUUCAUAUUUUGUGUUUUUUAUCUUACUUGCCUGUUUAUUUUAUAAUUAUCUGCAUGUAAAUAUUCCUUCCCAAAUAUUUGCUCUUCACGUUACCUCUAGACAAGUGCACCGAGUUGCAUUUACAUGAAUACUAUAGCAAUUUGACAAGUUACUUGUUUUCCUUGUAAAUAUGUACACUUACAAAACCUGUAACAUUUGUGCAAAAUGUGUAUAGUCGGAUUUUUGUUAAUAAAAUAAUUUUUGAUUCUAGUAAA